GACCCUGGCUGCUCAGGAGGAGUGCAGUGUGGAGAGCGCAGAGCGUUCCUGCAUGCCUCGCACUGACGCGUUAUUGUGCGGGUAAUUUGAGCGCAGCCGACUCCGGAUAAACCUUCUUUCUUUCGAGUCCACAAACUCGCAGCUCCGCCAAACAAACCGUAUCACUGUGAAUACAGUCUGACUUUCAGCCAAAUAUCACAUCCGCUGUAGCGAAUGGAGAGGAUACAAACCCUCACCUCACUGUCCUGCUGUGGGAGCGAAUUAGAAUUGCACUAUUCUGUGUUACUGAGUUUAAAAGACCGGAAGGAUUUCUCAUCAGAUUUCUGGGUCAUUAUUAUUUUUUUAAACCUGUUUCCAGUUGCAUGGUGUAGCUCCUUUUUAAUAUCACGCUCCCUAGUUUUUUUUGUACUAUUCUAUAAAAAGUCUGUGAAAUAUGGUUGUUUUUCCCCUCAACUAGAGAUUGUAUUGUGUUGUGUUCUUGUAUAAAUAAAAUGCAAAAAAAAAAAAAAGAGAGACGUUUCAGUUCCGGGAGAGAUGGUAAAGGGGGCGGGGCUGACCCUGGACGCGCAUGCGCAUUGACGGCUGUCCUCGCGUGCUCCGGCCGGAGUGUCACUCUGAUAUUUGUGAUGAACUCGAGUGAAGAAUAAUGCUGCAGCUCCCUGCUCCAUUACUGAGAGCUGCACUGCACACUCACCUCAGAUCAGGUGUGUUAAAGUGUGUGUGCAGGAGUGUGUGGGCCAAAACUGGAGGAUGGAAGACCAAGGAGGUUCCUCAGAGAUGCCUGGGACAGCCGAGUCCCUACACACACCCUCACCUCAUCAAACACGGUGAGGUAACUCCUGGUGUGACUCAGACGGAGUAUGAGCUGCGCCGGCAAUCUCUGGCGUCCCUGAUCGAGUCCCGUGUCCCAGACUCAUCCCACGUCCUCGUUGUCCUGUCUCACCCGGUGCGCUACAUGACCAACGACAUCCCAUACCCCUUCCACCAGAACCAGGACUUCCUGUACCUGACGGGCGUGCUGGAGCCCGACUGCGCCCUUGUCAUGUACGGCUCGCCCCGCCCUGACCGCCCCCUGCUUUUUGUCCCGCCCAGAAACCCCUCCCAGGAGUUAUGGGACGGCCCGAGGUCAGGGCGAGACGGUGCUGCUGCUCUCACCGGCAUCCAGAGCGUCCACAGCAUUGAGGAGCUCGGCUCCAUCCUCAAUGCCGUUAAAGGAGCUGUGGUGUGGUAUGAUGGUUCCCAGCCGGUUCAUCCCCGUCUCCAUCAGACCCAUGUGCUCCCCCAGCUGGAGGGACAGGUGUUGGUUCGGCCCCUGCGGCCCCUCACUCACUCUCUCAGGGCGAUAAAGAGUCCUGCUGAAGUGGAGCUGAUGAAGCAGGCAGGACUCAUCACUGCACAUGCGUUCAGGAAGACCAUGGCCGUGUGCCGAGGGGACAUCGACGAGGCACUUAUUUACGCUAAGUUUGAUUUUGAGUGUCGAGCACAUGGUGCUAACUUUUUAGCGUAUCCGCCGGUGGUUGCCGGGGGAAACCGAGCGAACACACUUCACUACAUCAGCAACAACCAGAUUGUCAAGGAUGGAGAGAUGGUGUUGUUGGAUGGAGGGUGUGAAUAUUUUGGCUACGUCAGUGAUGUCACACGCACGUGGCCUGUGAGUGGAAAGUUCAGUGAGGUUCAGCGGUGUGUGUAUGAGGCCCUGUUGGAGGUACAGGCAGCGUGUUUGUCUCUGUGUGUUCCCGGAGUCAGUCUGGAUCAUAUUUACUCGUCCAUGCUCUCACUGCUGGCCAAACAGCUGCUUCAGCUCGGUGUGUUACCGCGCGACACUGACCACGCCCUCGCCCUCAAGACUGCGCGGCGUUACUGUCCUCAUCAUGUAGGUCAUUACCUGGGUAUGGAUGUUCAUGACACUCCUGAGCUGUCUCGCUCUCAGCCCCUGCAGGCUGGCAUGGCCAUCACCAUAGAGCCUGGUCUGUACUUCAGCGAGGAUGACGAGUCGUGUCCACAGCUCUUCCGAGGUCUUGGUGUUCGCAUAGAAGACGACGUAGUGAUCCGAGAACAGGGCGGUCCCCUGAUCCUGUCUGCACACACUCCAAAAUCAGUGUGUGAUGUGGAAAGGGCCUGUGCGCACUCAGAGGGAUGAAGGAGUGCUCCUGGUUCUGCAUCACCUUUCAGUGUUUAGUACUCUUGCCUCAGGAAGCUACAAGCGUGACGAAGCCGAGCACUGGAGACACGCCGUAACUCACUGACCAUGUGCACCAUGGGGGGGCGGGGUGUAAAAAUGGAUGUGAAUUACCUCGUCUGGAUCUUUUCUGGAAUUUUUUUCCCAGACAUAUUAAACUUGUAAUUUUUCAGAAAAGCGUUGUUUACAGGUUUCCAUACUAAUGCUUUAAUUAAAAUUGAAGCAUGAGGGGUGAAGCCGGUGUCCUGUAAUAAGAUUCGUUCUAAAACUCGCAUGCAGACGGCUGAACGUCCACAGCUCGGCGUCACACACGUGAAUUUAUUUAUAGGGACACUACAAUUAUAAUUCCGACGUUGUGAAUAUAAAGUCAGGCUUUAUAAUAACUGUAUUUGUUGUUAUAUGCCUUCUGAUUACAAGAAUCUUCAGGAGGAUGAGGAUGGGAUGGAGACAAAGUGAUGGAACCCAAAUUAAAUAAAUUUCUGCGAUUUUUAAUUUUCUGCUUCCUGGAGGAUAUCGAGCAAGAUGACCAGAGUUCAUGAAAACAGAUUGCGUCCUUUAUUUCCCUGAGAAAAUUUCACAUUUAUCACUGAUUAAACUUGCACUUAUUCCCAAUCCUGCUGCUUUAUAUUUUUGCGUGUUUCCUGCUCGAACACUUUUUUUAAUGUAGCAGCUCAUUAACACAGCAUCUGAGGUAAAGUCGGUUCUGCUGUGGUUUUACUCCGAGUCGAAUAUUCCUGAGGUAACGCUUCUGAUUUCUGAUCUAAAUGCGUCGAACACGGGGUGGAGGAAACCUGGGUGGAAAUUGAUACGAAAUGUCCAACAAAAUCAUUUCUGCUUAAAUAUAAACAAACUAGCAAUAUGACAGGAGCAAUUUGUGAAAGAUGCAACAACAAUUAGUGAAAUAGGAAAAAAAGAUUCGUCCUUGGUUGGUUCAGCAACACGCUGCCAUUUUGGUUUUCUCUACUCACGGUAUAUGAGCUGAUAUCCGAGUAGUAGAGUAGCCAAUCAGUGUGCGAUUGCUCAUAUCCAGUGAAUGUGGAUAGAAUAUUUCCCCAUCUUUCACUCUGAUGAUGUCACUCCCAGUGUUUUCCUACUGACUAAGCGGCCGUUGUCAAAAUGGCAAACCAGUUCAAAAUUACUUUGAUUAACUUGCGUAUUUUUUUUUGUGUGUGGAGGUGUCCGUAUAAUAUAAAGAAAAUAUUUAGUGUAUCUUCUUGCAUUGAAAAAUAUUUCACUUGUUUGCUUCGCUCACUCCUGAAUUAUAUUCACCACUCGAAGAGAAACUUAACAUAUAUAUUUUAUUAUUUUUUUUUUACCCCACUGUGUAAGGCCCUGGUCACAUUACACCUUGCGAUGGGUUUGCGAAUACUUGGCAAUGAAAAAUUGGUAGUAUCGCCACCAGUUAUGAGAUGUACAGAGUUUCGUGCAUUUAUUUGUUGUGUCUCCACCUUGUGAGUGGACAAAAACGUUGUAAAAACUUUCAAUACAUGUAUUAAAAUGUGGUGGUGAUGUUUUUGUGAACAAA